CAGGAGGAGACCGGAACCAAACAGCGGAACCCGGACGUUUUUCCAUGUCAACACCUCCUACUGUUGUGUGUGUUCUUCUGCUUUCCUAAACCAGGAAGAUGGAUCCGCUGUCGAACAAACGGAUCGUUAAUUUGCUACUUUGUUGGUUUUUUAUCGGUGUCAGCUGUAAUUCAGUGGAAAAGAAGAUUUAUGUGCAUCUCAAUUACACAGUCCCCUGUGUGCGACUGCUCAAUGCAACACACCAAAUAGGCUGCCAGUCUUCUUUGUCGGGUAACGUGGGCGUUCUCCAUGUGCUCGAGUCAGAGGAAAACCUGGACUGGGUCCUGAAGACUGGUCGCAAUCCACCUUAUCUCGUUAUCUUGGAGUCCCCGCUCUUUACCAGAUCCAUCAUGAUGAAGCUGAAGAACGGCUCCGGCAGGGUGGCUGGCGUCGCUGUCGUUGCGCCAAACUCGAACCCGCUCGAGGGCUUCUCUCCACACACCACCUGUCCCAACGAGAACACAGGCGUGUAUUCAGAGAAUUACGAUCCAACCAUGGCUCAUUGCAACGUGACAAAGUGGAACCCUCUGGGAAACGGUUUGGCCUACGAGGAGUUCGACUUCCCCAUCUUCUCUCUGAAAGACGACAAUGAAACGCAGAUCAUACGGCAGUGUUACUUGGAUCAUAACCGGCCCGUUAACGGCAGCACUCCUCAGUACCCGCUGUGUGCCAUGCAGCUGUACUCCCACAUGUCGGCCGUCACCGACACAGCCACAUGCAUGAGGAGAAACGACAUCAACUUCAGCAUCAGCCCAGAGAUGGUUUGCGACCCACUGGGUGACUAUAACGUUUGGGCCUCCACCAGGCCUAUCAACAACACAGAAAAGGGCCACAAGAUGUGGGAGAGUGUGGUCAUAGCAGCCGCCAGGUUGGACAGCAGGUCUUUUUUCUUUGACAUUGCUCCAGGAGCAGAGAGCGGCGCCUCCGGGUUCGUCACUCUGCUGGCGGCGGCUCACGCUCUGCGCAACGCCACCCAGCAGGCCCAGCCUAACCGCACCAUCCUGUACACCUUCUUUCAAGGGGAAACCUUUGACUACAUUGGCAGUUCGAGGAUGGUGUAUGAUAUGCAGAACAGUCAGUUCGCCGUGGACCUGGACAACGUUCACUCAGUACUGGAGAUCGGACAGGUGGGACUUCGUGCUGACUCCAAGCUGUGGGUUCACUCCGAUCCGGUGUCUAGGAGGAACAGCAGCGUUGAUGAAGAGGUUGCUAAGCUCAUCGCCAACCUGAAAUCGGCUGCCGAUAAGUCGAACGUCUCAGUGAACGAGCCCAGUUCCUCUCAGCCACUCCCACCGUCGUCCUUCCAGCGUUUCCUGCGAGCUCGGCCAAUCCCCGGCAUCGUUCUCGAAGACCACCAGUCUGCUUUCACCAACAGGUUCUAUGAGAGCAUGUACGAUAACGCAGAAUAUCUGAACAUGUCUUACCCGCCAAACCUGACUCCAGAGGAGCAGCUCGAGUAUGUCACAGAGACUGCAAAGGCUCUGACGGAGGUGGCCACCACGGUGGCCCGGGCUCUGUACAUGCAGGCAGGAGGAGGAGAACCUCAGCUGAGCAGCAUUAGCGCAGACCCUAAUAUAGUGACCCGGUUGCUGUAUGGUUUCCUUGUCCGGUCAAAUAACUCCUGGUUCCAGCAGCUGCUCCCCUCUGACCUCAUGAGCCAACUGGCUAACAGGCCCACAAACCUCUACGUCGGCGUGUCUCAGCAGUUCAGCGAGCCGACCCUCCUGGUCCAGCAUCUGCUGGCUAACCUGACCGGCAGCGUCGUCAACGUCACCCAGGACGACUGCCAGAACCAAAGACAGGACGAGAAUGACAAAGAGAACAAACACAUCUACUACUACAUGUGGGUCCAAGGAGCGGCGCCUCCCAACAGUACACAGCGGGAAGGUUUCUGCAUACGCUCCACAGUCCGUCUGUCCAAAGCGUUGUCCCCGGCCUUCGACCUGCGGGAGUACACCUCCAAAGAUUAUUCAACGUGGACAGAGUCCCGGUGGAAGAGCAUCAAAGGACGCAUAUUCCUGGUGGCCAGUCACGACCUGGAGAUGUUGACGCUGGGUGUGGGCUUCGCCGUCCUGCUGACAUCCUUCGUGCUAACGUACGUCAUCAGCUCAAAGGCCGACAUGCUCUUCAGCUCGGGGAGGGAGCCGACCACCGCCACCUACUGAUCCACACGGAGAGACGACGCAGGCCCACGACCACUACUGCUACUACUACAACAACUACUACCAUUACUACUACAACUACUACUUCUAUCCCAAGCAGACACGGACAGGUUCCUUCUCCGAUUUAAAACACAACACAUGUAGGUACACAGACAGGUUAGACACAGCUCUCUCUUUUUAUGAAACGACGACGACGACGACGACGACGACUCCAUGUUUAUGGACUCACUCAGGUGAGGCGUGACGUGAGGACUGGACCGGACUGGAUUGGCCUGGAUGGAUCUGGACUCAUCAGGGUCAGGAAAAAAAAAAAAACUGGUCAGGCACCAGCAGGCCCCUCCACGUGGAAAAGAUGUUUAUAUUUGUUUUGUUUUAGGUUUUUUUUCCCUUUUUUUUAAAUUGUAAAAGAAUGUUUUGUUUACUGUGUCAUGGGAUAGGCACUAAACAUUGAGCAUUAUUAUUUUGAGUCUGAGUGGUGAAAAUGUGUGAGUGUGUGAGCGAGUGAGUCAUCGUGAAUGAACACAAACGAAUGAGCGACGGUGUGUGUGUCUGAACUUUGUAUGAGGAUCGCGAUGGUAUGUGCAAUACUGUAGCUGUCUUCACUGUCGAUAUAGUUAACUUAUCAAUCAGUUCUAAUGAUAAGAAACCACUUUUUGAGUCGAUGAACAACUAGUAAAAAAAAUUAAAUUAAAGGUUUUGCAGAAUCUGGAAACGCGUGGUGGAAGUAUUUUGAUAAGUUCUACAUCCUGGGACGUCGACAACAAUCCGAAAUAUUUAUAUUGUUCAGUCCCAGCACACACGCGUGUAUGUAGUUGUGCAGUCGACCCACCGCAGAUUUCACAUAUUGCGAUAUUUGCGGUGGAGAGGGAGAAUUUUCCCGAGGAGUCUGGCGUGGCUGACAAACACUUUCAUUCAUAUCGAUCAGCUGCCAAAUAAAAAGAAAUCGUCACAUCCAGUCAGAAAAUCUUGUGUUUUGACACUGAAGAUGCGCUGGUACUCUGGCUGUGCACUCUGUUUUUUGUUUGUUUUUUGGGGGGUUAAAACCUUUUUAAUAAAGGUUUUUCUUUUAAUGAUAACUUCUGAAAAUCGUGACAACAUGCAAGGUGGUUUUAUUUUUAUUUUUUUUGUGUUGUUGUUGAUGAUGGAUGUUCAUUUAAAUGGCUGGAAUCAAUGACCAAUUGUGAUGCCUUGAUGAAGAAAUAAACAUGCUUCUUUUCCAA